AUGGCUGAAAGGGUAGAUGAGGAAAAGGGCCUACCAUCUCCCAUAGAAGUCACUCUAUCUAAUCCCAAAUUUUUACCGAAUAAUUGGAUAGAUCGACUCAAUGCACGCUUCACCUCCCUUAAUUUUGUGGAGUCGCGGGGUAUUGAGCGUGUCCCAUCGGAGGAGCGCAUGAAGGCGGUCGCUAUGGGCGAUUAUAUGCAAAUGUUUCUGUUGUGGUUCAGCGUAAAUAUCACAGCGAACAAUAUUGCUGUGGGAAUGCUAGGGCCCUUGAGCUACUCCCUGGGUUUCGUUGACUCGGCUCUGUGUGGUACAUUUGGCGCUUUGCUGGGGGCUGCCGGUGUCGCUUAUAUGGGAACAUUCGGCCCUGUCAGUGGAAAUCGAACUAUGGUUGUGGCUCGUUUCUUGAUGGGCUACUGGCCUAGCAAGCUUUGCGCCCUGCUUAACAUUGCCAUCAUGCUUGGUUAUGGCAUGAUUGACUGUCUUGUGGGUGGACAAAUCCUGUCUGCUGUCUCCGGUGGAGGCAUGACUGUUGUUGUCGGAAUUAUUAUUGUGGCCAUCAUCACUUGGGUGGUUGUCCUCUUUGGAAUGCGCAUUUUCCAUGUCUAUGAAAGAUGGGCUUGGAUUCCCCAAUUGAUCGCUGCCUUCGUGCUAGUUGGUAGCGCAGGUCCUAAAUUUGACACGAAUAUUGCCUCGAUCGGUGAUUCCCAAACCAUCGCUGGUAAUCGUCUUUCAUUCUUCUCGCUUUGCUUAUCCGCCUCCGUCGCGUGGGCUCCCGCUGGCGCCGACUUCUAUGUCUAUUUCCCGGAGACGACUCCAAAGUGGAAGACCUUCUUGAUGACAUUCCUUGGUGUUGGACUAUCCCUCACAUUUGCCAAUCUGCUCGGUGUCGGCCUUGCCUCAGGAACCUUCACUCAUACCAGCUGGGCUGAUGCCAAUGACAUAUCGUCCGGUGCUUUGUUAGUUGCCGGCUUUGAUGGUCUCGGUGGAUUUGGCAAGUUCUUGUCAGUCCUUGUGUCUCUUGGUCUCAUCGCCAACAAUAUUCCCGGUACUUACUCGGCAUCUCUUGGAUUCCAAAUCUUAGGCCAAUAUGCGGAAAGACUUCCGCGUUGGUUCUGGUCCUGUGUCGGUGUUGUCAUCUACACCGUCUGCGCCCUGGCUGGCCGAAACCAUCUUUAUGAAAUCUUCGAGAAUUGGCUCGCUCUGAUGGGCUACUGGGUCUGUAUCUACCUGGUGAUUGCCCUCGAGGAACAAUUUAUAUUCCGCUGGACCAGCGGAUUCCGCUGGGAAGACUGGGCAGAUAUGUCCAAGUUGCCCUUGGGGAUUGCCGCCUUGUCAGCCUUUUUGAUUGGUUGGGCUGGGGCAAUUGUGUCAAUGGAUCAAAUUUACUACGUUGGUCCGAUUGCGGAUAUGGUCGGUGAGGAUGGCUCGGAUCUUGGUAUCUGGGUUGGUUCAGCUUGGGCCAUGGUGGUCUACCCACCACUUCGAUGGCUUGAACUAAAGUACUUUAAGCGUUGA